GACCCACCUUCCUCCAGCAGAGCACACUUUUACACAAGCUUUGCUUUCCUGCCAGCAACUGCAGUAGUUGCUAAUAUCCAGAUCCUGAAAUGGAGCUUCUGGGAGUCACUACUCUUGCUCUUGUCAUUUCUGUCUCUUGCUUGAUUCUCCUUUUUGUGUGGACAAAAAGUCACAAAGCAGUAAGGCUCCCCCCGGGCCCAGCUCCACUUCCUGUCAUUGGAAACAUGCUGCAGCUGAACCUCAAGGAUGUUCCUGCAUCUCUUUCCAAGCUGGCCAAAGAGUAUGGGCCUGUUUAUACCCUGUACCUUGGACCCCGGCGCACUGUGGUCUUAUGUGGAUACAAUGUGGUGAAGGAAGCUCUGAUCAAUCAGGGUGAUGAAUUUCUUGGCAGAGGACAUUUUCCAAUCAUUGAUGAAGCCCAGAAAGGAUAUGGACUCAUUUUCAGUCAUGGAGAGAGAUGGAAGCUCAUGCGGCGCUUCUCCCUCAUGACCCUGAGGAAUUUUGGGAUGGGGAAGAGAAGCAUUGAGGAGAGAGUGCAGCAGGAAGCCCGUUGCCUCGUGAAGGAGUUGAGAAAAACAGAAGGUCAGCCUUUUGACCCCACCUUUGCCCUUUCCUGUGCUCCCUGCAAUGUGAUCUGUUCCAUCCUCUUCAAUGAGCAUUUCCAAUACAAGGAUGAGAAAUUCCUCACCCUGAUGGAUCUGUUAAAUGAAAAUUUUAAGCAAGUAAACUCUCGAUGGUGCCAGAUGUACAAUCUUUGGCCAAUACUCAUAAAGUAUCUCCCUGGAAAGCACAAGGAAUUCUCAAAAAGGCUUUAUGAUGUCAAAAAUUUUAUUCUGGAAAAAGUAAAGGAGCAUCAAGAGUCCCUGGACCCUGAUAACCCUCGUGACUAUAUCGACUGUUUCCUUAGCAAGAUGGAGCAGGAGAAAGACAACCCGGAGUCUGAAUUCGAGUUGGAGAACUUGGCAGUCUGUGGAUCUAAUUUAUUUACAGCAGGAACAGAAACAACCAGUAUCACCCUGAGAUUUGGGCUUCUGCUGCUAAUGAAACACCCAGAGGUGGAAGCCAAAGUUCAUGAAGAAAUUGAUCGUGUGAUUGGACGCAACCAAAGCCCCAGCAUGAAGGACAAGAUGAAGCUGCCCUAUACAGAGGCCGUUCUGCAUGAGAUACAAAGAUACAUCACCCUUUUCCCUUCUAAUCUGCCCCAUGCUGUAACCCGGGACACGAAAUUCAGACAAUAUGUUAUCCCCAAGGGCACUACUGUGUUACCACUGCUGUCUUCGGUCUUGAUGGAUUGCCAGGAGUUUCCCAAUCCAGAGAAAUUUGACCCAGGACACUUUCUAGAUGAAAAUGGCUCUUUCAGGAAAACAGACUACUUUGUGCCUUUUUCCUUGGGAAAAAGGGCCUGUGUUGGAGAGAGUUUGGCGCGUAUGCAGUUGUUCCUGUUUAUCACUAGCAUUCUGCAAAACUUUUCCCUGAAGUCCUUGGUGGAGCCAAAGGAAAUAGAUACCAAGCCCAUUACUACUGGGUUUGUCAAUAUCCCCCCACCCUAUAAGCUGUGUCUUAUACCUAGAUAAAAGAAGAAUUUUUUUUUUUAGCCACUCCAAUCAAAGUAAUUGCUUUCCCUUUUUUCUAGAUAUAAUCUAAUUCUCCACUUUAUAUACUGCCUAGGAGAGAAAUGCUACUCAGUAAAAUUAGAUGGAUAUUUGUUUCAAUCCAUAAAUUUCUUGAUAACAGAAAAGACUGGGUCUUGUGUGUGUGUGUGUGUGUGUGUGUGAGAGAGAGAGAGAGAGAGAGAGGGAGGGAGAGAAGAGAGAGAGAGAAAAAG